GGACAGAGAAUCCGCAACUCCCUCCUUAUCUCCUCUCUCUGCAAAGCUCGGAAGCUUGAGGAUGACACAAGGACUUCUCCCAUGGAGUCCUUGCCACCACUCUCUAUCUCCCACCUCCCUCUUCGCACUCCCCCUUGCUUUCCCCACUACCAAAAACACCCAAUUCCCAGUUUCCAUUUCCGCCACUCUAGAACCAGAACCCGCCACCACCCAACAACUCACAGCCAGAGAGAGAAGGCAGCUCAGGAACGAGAGGAGAGAGAGCAAAACCGGCACCAGCUGGAAAGAGGAGGUGGAGGAGAAGCUUCUGGAGAAGCCCACGAAGAAGUUCGCCAAUUGGAAGGAGGAGCUCAACCUUAAUAACCUCGCUCAUGAGGGCCCGCAAUGGUGGAUCAUCAAGGUCUCUCGAGUCAAGGGCCAGGAGACCGCUAAGCUCAUCGCUCGACAGCUCGCCAGAAACUAUCCUCAUAUCGAUUUUAAGAUAUACGCGCCAGCUAUCCAAGACAGGAAGAAAUUGAAAAAUGGUAACUUGGUUAAACCGAGACCCCUAUUUCCCGGGUGUGUGUUUAUAAAGUGUGUAUUGGACAAGGAGAUACAUGACUUCAUAAGAGAGUGCGAUGGAGUUGCAGGUUUUGUCGGUUCCAAGGUCGGAAAUACGAAAAGACAGAUAACCAGACCCCGCCCAGUGUCUGAGUUUGACAUGGAAGCUAUCUUCAAACAGGCAAAGGAAGAACAACAGAAAGCUGAACAAGCUUUUGAGCAAGAGCAGCAAGAAGCAACCCUCAAUGAUGCUACCGAAUCUGAUGGAGAUUCUAAACCAAGAAGGCGACCUAGAAAAACACUUGAUCCUCUCAUAAAUGGUUCGUCUAAGGGAAAGAGUGAGAAGCUCGUCCCAGGUUCUUCUGUGCGAGUUUUAUCUGGUGCUUUUGCAGAAUAUGUAGGCAGCCUGAAGAAGCUGAAUAAAAGAACAAAAAAGGCAACCGUGGGAUUUACACUAUUUGGGAAGGAAAGCUUAGUUGAUUUAGAUGUCAGUGAAAUUGUUUUAGAGACCGUUGGAAAAAAAGUUGUUUCAGAGACCAUGUAAAUUUGUUCAGUCAUCAAUCAUUAUUAAAUGGGUACAAAUUAAUCCAUACUCGUGAAAGUUCUGUCAAGGCCCUUGAAAAAUUUGCGAUAUGAAAAUAUAUCUUCGUGUGCACAGAGAUGAUAGGCGAGUAGAUUAUGAAGGGUUGUGAUGGGACCUGUUAUCAUAAGAAGAAGAAAGAUGGAGAAGCAGAGAGAUAAGGAGAAAGAAAAUAAAAUUAAGAUAUUCAAUAUUUCAUUCAUAAUUCUCACUUGAGAACGAAGAGACCUAAAUACAUAGAAGUUCAGGAAACUACAACCCGAAAUACCUAAAUGGGCUUAUUAUACUUAAAUGGGUGAGGCCCAAUAGGAUAGGAACCUCACAGGUUGCUACCAAUUCUACGAAAGUAGUAGAUAAAAGUUGCAACGUAAAAAUUUGUAAUUGGUAGUGAUGAUAGGCUUCAGAUCAACACAAGAAGACUUCUUUCAUUCUUGAAUG